AUGUCUUCCAACCAGGAGAACGCCGCAGCAGUUGCAGAACCAGCAAGCACCGAGAGCUUACAACAAGCUGAGGUGAAAGGAGACGCCCUGAUAGCCCGCGAUGAGGUUAUGAGAAACCCAAUUUUGGAGCGUGAACACAUACAGGCGAACAUUUGUGCAGCCCUUGAGAAUGACGCCCAGAUUGUGCGUCUUCAAAUCGUUUGGGACAAUUUGGACCCAGGUUUUUGGUUUCGGGGAGAUAACUGA